AAAAGAAAGGUUUCAAACAAAAAAAAACACAAUUAAUAAGAAUACUAUUAUAAAGAUUAAUAAUAAUACCAAUAGCAAUAAAUCGUGUCAACGAAAAUUCAAGGACAAAUGCUGAAACUGAAUAAAACCACUCCUUCAACAGGAUCAAUCUGUUUUUCAUCUCUCUUGAUACUUGUAUCUCAAUGGCUUCCCAUUACUAGUCUUAUCUUUGGUGGUUGUUGUUCAAAUGUCUUUUCAUUAGAAAAAGUUUACCAUGAGCUCCCAAACUCAAGCCACUUGAUAACGUUUUCCCAAUUUUUAUUUAUUGCAGUUCUAGGUUAUUUUGAUAACUAUGAUAACAACGCUGGAAUCAAACGACUAUAUUUGAAACAAAAUCAUAUUCCAUUAUCAAGAAAUUUCAUAAAUGUUUUAAUGUUUUUCGUUUCAUCAAAUUUAAAUAAUAUGGCUUUAACCUAUAACAUAUCUGUCCCAAUCCAUAUCAUUUUCAGAUCUUCCUCGACUGUUAUUACCAUGAUCAUUGGGUAUCUCUUUGCAAAUAAAAGAUACAAUUUCAAACAGAUAGUGUCUGCUUUAAUCUUGACAUUUGGCAUAAUACUAGCGACCAUUGGUAACUAUUUGAACAACAAAAAAAAGACCUCCAUCGACUCUCUAAUAGACCAUGAUCAUUUGAAGAGUUUUUAUAUUGGUGUUUUCUUGUUGAUGUCUUCCUCAAUAAUAAUAGCGUUUAAUGGGCUAUUCACUGAGAGAACAUACAAGAUAUAUGGGAAAUAUUGGCAGGAGAGUCUCUUUUAUCAACACUUUUUGGGACUACCAAUAUUCAUCAUCUUCCAGAGGCAAUUGGUCGAAGAAUACAAGCAAAUGAUGUAUCAGAAAGAGACGUUUGCUUUCAAAAUACCAGUGAUGUUUAGUCAAGAUUUCGUGCAAUUGAGAAUCUCGAAGUCGCUCUGUUACUUGCUCUUGAACUGCUUCACCCAGAACGUGUGCAUCACCGGCGUUAACAAACUCGCCAGCAUCACAAACGCCCUAACAGUUUCAAUUGUGUUGUUGAUCAGAAAAUUCGUCAGUUUGUUGUUAAGUGUGUUGAUCUUCGGAAAUCUGCUUCAUCGUUUGUGUUUGGCCGGCAGUUUUUUCGUCUUCACCGGCGCAGGAUUGUACAGUUUUGCCACCAAAAGCAGCAAAAGAAGCAGCAAA